AUGGCAGAUCAAGAAAGCCAGGUCUGGCCCUUGGCGCCGGGCAAGCUACACCAAAGAAGCGACGAAAAUCCCACGUUCAAAGCCAUACGCCGAGAGAGAAGCAACAAGUGCUUCGUCUACGUUUUCACCGGCAUCGUCCUCUUCAGCAUCGCCAUCUUGGUUUUCGCGCUGCUCGUUCUCCGAGUCAAGUCGCCGGAGAUCAAGCUGAGAUCCGUCACCGUGAAGAAUCUCAAGUACUCGUCUUGGCCUCCUUCGUUCAACACAUCUUUGUCUGCACAAAUGACAGUGAAGAAUCCAAACUUCGGGGACUAUGAGUUUGUGCCGACCACGGUGAGUUUCUUGUACGGAGGAAGCAAAGUUGGGAGCACGAAAGUGGUGAAGGGGCAAGCCAAAGUGAAGAAGACUGGGAGGGUGAGUUUUGGGGUUGAUUUGAGGUCGAACAAGCUGCCGGAGGGGGCUAAUAAUCUGACGAGUGAUAUAAAUUCCGGGAUGUUGAAGCUGACCGGCACCGGCAAAGUGAGUGGUAAAGUGACUUUGUGGAAGAUUAUAAACAAGAGAAAGACGGGGAAGAUGGAUUGCACCAUGACGCUUGUUUUGAAGAGUAAGACCAUCAAGGAUUUGGUGUGCAGAUAA